AUUUUUCAAAGUCCUAUUACCUCUACAGGUGCCACUGCUGAUGUCUCAAGGCUGUGUGCUCUGACAUUGUCGUUGUGUGUUUCUGCUGGUGUAGCUGAGGUGUGACAAUAGCCGAAUCAACAAUAACAACAUGAGUCUCAGGGUGACUAUACUGAUUCAUUUACUACUGCUCGUUGACAAGGCUGUUUCUAAAAAAGGUGUCAAAUGUGGAGGAAUCCUCUCAGCUCCAUUGGGAAAUAUCUCCAGUCCAAACUUCCCAGGCCUGUAUCCUUACAGCAUAGACUGCUCCUGGCUAAUUGUGGUGGCAGAGGGCUCCUCUGUCCUCCUCACCUUCCACCAUUUUGAGCUGGAGUACCACGGCAGCUGCGCUUAUGACUACAUCAAAAUAUAUAAUGGCAUAGCUGAGGAUGAGGGGAACCUCCUUGGGACAUUUUGUGGUGACAUCUCUCCUCCUCAGUUCACCUCAUCUUGGAAUGUCAUGUCCAUCAUCUUCCACUCAGACCGCCAUGUGGCCUUCAGGGGAUUCAGUGUUGGCUACAGAAAAGAUAUGUGUGGUGGAGUCCUGACCGGUCUAUCAGGUGUGAUCUCCAGUCCAGGAUAUCCUCAGGAGUACAGCAACAAUGCCGACUGCACCUGGGCCAUCCAUGUGUCUAACACGAGUGUGGUCACCUUGGUGUUCUUGGACUUCCAGCUUGAAAACAAUGAAGGAUGUAAUUUUGACUUUGUUGCCCUGUUUGACGGCCCAACAGUCACCCACCGCCACCUUGGCAAAUACUGUGGGGCAGACAAACCCCCCAACAUAGUCACCACUUCCAACCAACUUCUGGUAGUUUUCAAGUCUGACUUCAACAUUGGGGGACGAGGGUUCAAAGCCUACUAUUACUCAGGUGAAUGCCAGCAGGUCCUGUCAGAUGUGAGUGGUAACUUCAGCAGCCCACAUUUCCCCAACAUCUACCCAAACAACAUCAACUGCCACUGGAGCAUCACUCUAGCAGCUGGAUACCGCAUCAAACUCUUCUUUCCCUUUAUGGACUUGGAGGACCGCAACAGUUUGUCAGAUGAGUGCGACUAUGACUCAGUUGCAGUUUACGACGGGGACAGUCAGACAGACACCCUGUUGGGACGCUGGUGUGGCACAGAGCAACCCUCUUCUCUCAUCUCAAGGGGCAACAAGUUGCUGGUGGUGCUGAGCACAGACAGAAAUGAAGCUCAUAGAGGGUUUACUGCCUCUUAUCUCGGAGUGGUGCCUGUAAAUGUUAGCUGCACAAGAUCAGAAUUCACCAUUCUGAUACCACAGCAGUCCUUACCUCAGCUGGAACGUGAGAACAUCUACCUGGGAAACCCAUCCUGUGCAGCACAGUUAACAGCCACCUCCUAUAAGAUACUUGCACAGUUUGUUCACUGUGGUACCGCCAGUCAGAAACAUCGAAACAUCACCAUGCUCGUAAACAAACUCUACAUUGAUUUCUCGGACGGCAAGCAGCAAAAUGUACAAGAAUAUAAGAUACAAUGUGAUGCCCUGCGGAAGAUAGCAUCAGUGUCCAUCAUUUCAGCAGAGGAGCGCCGUCUGGAAGAGCAGGCCCAGCAGGCCGACAAUGGCAAUAAUGGUCAUGCAGGAGAUCCGGAAGCUGAGCCUUAUGACUUUAGUGAUAUUGUCUUCAUCAGUAUCUGUGUUCUAGCUGUCAUUCUCAUGAUAAUAGCUAUUGUUUGGCUGGUGCUACUUUAG